GGAAUCUUCUUCCAAUGCAGACACUUGGUUCUUACAAGAGAUGUCUGCGAUGGUUUUUUUUCUGUUCCUGGGUCGAUCCACAAAUUGCCCACUUUCCUUCAGGCUGCUUUAUCAGCUCCACUGGUGGAGAUGAAGAUGUGCGAUAGCGAGCCAUAAACUAUCAUGGAGAUACAUCGAAUUACCGCCUUUUUAUCUCCUUAUCUGGUGCCAUUAAAAAGCCCCUCAACUCGCAUUACACACUGAAUUCAUGCCCAGUCGUCCGGAGUGAUCAGUGUCGUGACUUCUGAUCUGAAAACAGGGUCACAUACCCCCCGUAUUAAGUGCUUUAGUGCGUUUCCUUGGUGCGGGCUAUUAAAGAAAGAUUUAAAGGCGGAAGUUUUAGGAUAUUAAUAAAAAUGGUUUUGACACCGGCAAAGAAAAAAUGGCUGAUCUUCGGUGGGGGUGCUCUUGUGCUCGUGGUAGCUCUUGCAAUUGCCCUACCCCUGACAGUUGGGAAGAGUGUCAGCAAUAGCAGUGCGUCGGACACCUUCCGUGGUAGCAGUGUACUGGAUGAGGUUCCCCUAAUUGAUGGUCACAACGACCUGCCGCACAAUCUCUACUCCAUUGAGAACAAUCAACUGGCAAAUUUCAAUUUUGACUCUGAUCUACGACUUCAUCCCAUUUGGGGAACUCGGUCGUCAAGUCACACGGAUUUGCCACGGCUGCGUACAGGGAAGGUCGGUGGGCAGUUUUGGGUGGCCUACGUAAGCUGUGGGACACAGCACAAAGAUGCCGUUGAAAGGACAAUGGCGCAAAUUGAUGUGAUUAAGAGACUGAUCAAGAAGUACCCCAAUGAUCUGCAAUACGCUACAACAGCAGACGAAAUUGAAGAAGCCUUCAAGGUGGGAAAAAUUGCCAGUCUUAUUGUUGUUGAGGGUGGACAUUCCAUUGAUGAUCGCCUUUCCGUACUGAGGCUGUACUACGAGUUGGGGGUUCGCUACAUGACCCUCACGCACAGCUGCAACCAACCCUGGGCUGAUGCUUCACCCAUUGACGAUACCACAAAUGAGAAGCGCAACCUCACUGAGUUUGGUGUUCACGUUGUGUGGGAGAUGAACCGACUGGGCAUGAUGGUGGACAUCUCCCACGUUAGUGCUGGUGUGAUGCAUCACGUUCUCGAUGUUACACGCGCUCCCGUAAUCUUCAGCCAUACCUCAGCUUACGCCAUGUUUGCACACAACCGGAACGCCAAGGAUGACGUCCUGCUGAGACUUCGUGAGAACGGUGGCAUUUGCAUGGUUAACUUCUAUUCCUUCUACGUUGGUGGUGCCGAUGCCACCAUUGAUGAUGUCAUCAGGCACAUCAAUCACAUUAAAGAUGUUGCCGGGGUGGAUUACGUCGGCAUCGGUGGGGACUACGACGGUGUAUCGAGACAACCCAUUGGCCUGGAAGAUGUUUCCAAAUAUCCAGAUUUGUUUGACAAACUAGCCCAAUCUGGACAUGGUUACGAACCAUGGACACCGGAGGAGCUGAAGAAGCUUGCUGGAUUGAAUUUACUUCGUGUUAUGCGACAAAUAGAGCAAGUUGCUGCUGGUUUAGCCAGCGAGGAGCCCUACGAAACAAAUAUUCCUGAUGCGGAAAUCUAUGACUUUGAACCAGAUCAGAGCUGCAAAACUGACUACACCUACUCACCAUCUAAUCAAAUGUUUGGUGAAAUAUGAAGAAAUAAAAGUAUUUUAGUUCAUUGUUAAUUUUCAAUGGA